UAGCAGACUUCUUCUUCCCUUCAACAGAACUCAUCUGGUCCGACUCCCUUGACAAGCUUGAGGGGUUGCCUAUAAUCCCAUCAGUUGCCUGGUUAUAGCGGCCUUGCCUUUGCUCCGCGGGGCAAAGCACAGCUGAGCGAGGCUGACGAUCAUCCAUCUGCCAUAUCAUGCGGCUACCACAACGCUUUGAGCGCGUGCCGCAUCAAGAGCCAGGAGAGGAUCAAGACAUCGUAUUACCAGCCUACCCUUCGCAAACCAAACUGGACAUCAAGAGUGAUAUGAAGACGUACCAAAGCGACAGAUUCGAACCCAUACGAACAGAUACAGAGUACACAGCUGGAGCCUACAUGACCGAGGAGUACACCAUUACUCAUCGCAAGACCUGGGUAGAACGCUUGGAAGAAUAUGAGCAUCGACACUUUGGAACACAUAUUCUUUCCUUCUUCUACGAAAACCUUAUAUCCGGAUGGCGAGCUGGACUACUUCGUGCAUUCACUGUCAGCGUGCUCGCUCUCAUCGUCAAUAUCUCUAUCUUUGCCUGGCUUUCUUCUCGAUUCAAUCUCGAGAGUGGCACAGGUUUGAUACAUACAGGAAAGUGUAACGAGGUUGGCAACAUGGAAACAGGAAUAAAGGUCGGCCUGAACGUCCUCUCAACGUUGAUCUUGGGCGCUUCAACCUACGCAAUGCAGGGAACAACAGCGCCGACAAGAGAAGAGGUGGACAACGCUCACGCAAAAGGCAAGUGGCUUGAAAUAGGAACGCAAAGCUGGAGAAAUCUCGGUUAUGUAAGCAAGAAGCAUGCAACCAUCUGGAGUGUCUUGGCUCUCACCAGUCUACCUCUGCAUCUUGUGUUCAACGCUGUCUUCUUCACUACUACUGAAACGUAUCAAUAUGCAGUAGCGGUGGUGGAUCGAGGGUUCCUAAACAACACGGUGUUCCAGGCCACAUCCGAGAACUCUUCACCUGCGCUACCUCAAUUCAAACAGUUCGAAUGGUCGGGUAAAUGUGACGGCGAGGGUCAGGACAGUUGCAUAUGGGACAUCAAGAACGAUACCAUGGUCCUUCAACUCCUCGAUGGUGCGCGGGACCCUAGCCAGGCUCAAGCAUAUAAGCGAUUGGAUCCCUUGGAAUGCAUGGAAAGCUACACCGAGGGAUUCAUGCAGAAGUUUAGCGAUGUGGUUGUGGUUUCCAAUACAACGCAGACGGAAAGCCCAAUCUUGUGGACUCGCUACCCACAACGAGUCUUGACUAUGGACAAGAGAGAUACAAACAACGACCCGUUCCACUGGAUAUGUCAAGACACGCUCAAGAGUGAUAACGAGAGCGGCAUUUGCUACAAGGAAAAAGCCCUCAAGGCUAUUAAUCCCAACAACUGGACAGUCUAUGGACACUCUGUGGAUUACUGCAUCGCUCGCAAAGCACCAGAACUUUGCUACUUGCAGUACAAUGUGUGGAUCAUGGGCGCAGUCAUUGUGUUCAGUGUCUUUAAAGUGUCGGCGAUUGCAUUCUUGGUCUUCACUCAUCCAAAAGAGAAGUUUUUGCGCACGAUAGGCGACGCAAUUGCGUCCUUUCUUGAACGGCAGGACUCAACAACCAAGGACAUGUGUCUCGUCUCCUCGGCCCAAAUCCGAAGACACGGCUUUAAAACCUCUGCCUUGCCACAGACUUCCACCAACACUCGGCGUCGAUGGUGGUCACGCGCCACCAAGCAGGAAGUCACACUACCCUACGCUCCGCAAACCUUCACCAACGCUCGUCCUCGACGGUGGACUGGAGCCAACACCACAGAAUUCUUCUCUACGGUUGGCAUCUCAGCAGCCUAUGUCAUCAUCCUUACCGUUACGCUCGGGUGGGCUACCUCUGAGACGAAUGGUAACGCAUUCGACAGCGACUUUGGCCGACCUAACAUACAAUCACUCGCCAAACUAAAACCUGACGACGUAGGAUCUUCAGGUAUUGUUCCUACGCUCCUCACAGCCAACAUCCCACAACUGGGCUUCUCACUCCUCUAUGUGUUCUACACGAACAUCUGGAGUAAACUCUUGAUCGCGCAUGAGUUCGACCGACUGACGACCUCCAAGAAGGGUUUGAGAGUCAGUGAGCGUCCCCGAGGUCAUCAGAGAACAAGCCAUUUCUUCACCCUGCCAACCAGGUAUGCCUUUCCACUUAUGGCUUGCAGUGCAGCAUUACAUUGGUUAUGCUCGCGGAGUCUGUUCAUGGCGCGAUUUGAUGGGAUCGAUGCAUACGGCAAGGUCGAUCCUAACGAUCAGAUUGUCAGGUUGGCUUACAACGUUACUGGCAUGGCAGCGCUGAUUGCAGUGAACUUCGGUAUGAUGGUUGCUACAGUCUGUAUAGCUGGGUUUCAGCGGCAGCGUACAGGGCUGGGUGAGAUUGCAAUGAGCGUGGUCAUCAGUGCAGCUUGUCAUGUUGAACGACACGAGGCCGAGCCGUGGCUGCAGAAGGUGCAAUGGGGAGACGUAAGUGGGGAUAUCAAAGAGAACGAGAAAAGUGAUGCCAUAAGGCAUUGCGCUUUUACAUCCCUACGAGCGGAUCCUCCCAUUGUAGGUCAGAAAUAUCAAUAGACGCACCCGUCAGUGUGUUGUAGUCCUGCGAGAUUUUAUCGGGCUUCAGAUAGACUGCAGUUUGGCAUUGAGUACCUUCCGCAGUUCAGGCACGUACCUGGCUU